AUGGUUAAUGUUCCAAAGACUAGAAAAACUCUCUGUACUGGAAAGUGCAAGAAACACCAACUGCAUAAGGUCUCACAAUACAAGAAAGGAAAGGACAGUGUCCAUGUCCAGGGUAAGAGGCGUUAUGAUAUGAAACAAAAGGGCUUCGGAGGUCAGACAAAACCAAUUUUCCGUAAAAAAGCAAAAACCACAAAGAAAAUUGUUCUAAAACUUGAAUGUACCGUAUGUAAGAAGAAGCAUUUUGCGAAACUUAAGAGGUGCAAGAACUUCGAACUAGGUGGUGACAAGAAGACCAAAGGCGCAUCAUAUUAA